GGUUUUGGGAGUGGAAUUCAUUAGAUGUCGCUCAGGUAGCUGCCUAGCUUACCGGUGAAUUUGACACUUUGACAUUCAGGAGUUGGUGAAAAGUUGUCACACGAAGUCCAGGUGAUUUUGCGGCACAAACUUCUCGCAAAGUACGAAAUGAGCUUUUUGCGUAACCCGCGAACCCUUCUGGAGGCAUCGAAAGCUCCGAAACAGUUUCGAUUAAUGUCACAGCUUGGCGAUUUAGGGAGCGGGGCUGGGAAAGGGGGCGGCGGCGGCGGCACAAUUCGCGAAGCCGGGGGUGCCUUCGGCAAGGCUGAAGCCGCCAAGGAAGAGGAGUAUUUCUAUAAAAAGCAAAGGGAACAGUUAUCGAAACUGAAAGACGAUUUAAAGAACGAAAUUAAUUUCCACGAGGAGCAAAUCAAGAGACAUCAAGAUGCGAUCAAUCGCCACAAGCAGAGAGUCACCGAAAUCGACAAGGAGUAAUUUCAUAUUUGAGUUCCACAGCUUGAAAGUAGAUUUCUUAGAUUGGAAAAUAUGUUCACGUUUACUGUAUGAUAUAGGUAUUAUUUUCAAAUAAAUAUUAUCGCCUUCA